GUAGCAGCCGUGGCCUGCCCUGAAUGCCAAAGAAGAAGGAUGGGGGAGGGCAAGGGAGAUGCAGGGCAGAGCUGGAGUAUUCAGGCGGGAAGGAGGAAGAGAAGGACGGAGAGGAAGUCGUCAUCGGGAUUGACGGCGCCAGGACUGGAUGGGUGGUGGCCAUGUUGAAUAUAAAGAACGGCAAGAGCAAAGUCUUUCACAUCCGAUCGCUGCAGCGUCUAGAGGCGCUGCUCGUGGAGGGUCAUAGGUAUCGAGUGCGCUGCAUUGCCAUCGACAUGCCCAUCGGCUUGGCUUCUCGUGCAGAGAGGGGCGGCCGGCCGUGCGAUCGCGCUGCUCGCUCCACGCUCCAGCAGGCACGGAGAGGCGCCGCUUCACCGUCAAGCAGCAGCAAGGUCGUGGGCCCCUCGUCGAUCUUCACGCCCCCUUCCAGACCCGCGCUGGAGGCCUUCAAGGCCGGAGCGACGCACAAAGAAGUCUCGCUUGCAAACAUGGCGAGUGCCGAGGAAGGUGCAGAACGGCAAGGCCUGGGUCUCUCGAUACAGACAUACCACAUCAUGGCCAAGAUUAACGAGCUGGACCAGGUCCUCAUUCCAAGAGGCGAGGGCAGCAAUGCCUGCUUGCGUGAACACUCGGCGACGCCAGUCCUCGAGGCACACCCGGAGCUGGCCUUUCUGGGGUUGUCAAAGGGUAAGGCCAUGCCAACAAAGAAGGGGCAGCAGGAGAGGGCUCGUCGCUUCGAGCUGCUUGCCGGCGAGAUGGACCUCGAAGUCUUAGAGCUCGAUCUGGCGGCUUCUACCUGGCAGCUUGAGGAGCUGGACGAGCCGGAUCUGACGAGCAAGAUCCGGACGGCGGCUGACGAUGUCUUGGAUGCCCUCGUGUGCGCCGUCGUGGCCCUCAGAUGGGUCCAAGGAAAAGCAAGAGCCGUACUGAAGGAAGGAGAAGACACGGUCCCUGCCGACAGAGCAGACGGUUCUUUGACUGGCAAGAGGCACAAGAAGGGAGAGAGGCACGAUGCUAAUACCGACAAGCGAGGGCUGCCUAUGAAUAUCUGGGCCUGCAAGUAGCCUCUUCUUCUGCCGGCGUGUGUCUCCCUUCCUCUUGCAGUGUGCCUCUCCUUCCUAUUCAAUGUCAACAUGUCCCUGAAGGUGCUUGUAAUGACUGCUCAAAUUGCCAAUUGUCGAAAUUGGGAACAUUCAAC